GAUGUUUCUUAUGAUAGAAGUUCACUAUGUUUGGAUUCCUUGUGUUGGUACCCUAUAUAUAAUAAUUGCAAAUUCACGACCAAAACACAUAUCUUGGCGAGAAAAAACACACACUGUGAAAGCGCCUUCUGAAUCAAUUUCAUCCCUAGCCAAACUGAUAUGGGGAACUUAUUCUGCUGUGUUCAAGUGGACCAAUCCACCGUCGCCAUUAAGGAGCGGUUUGGCAAAUUUGAUGAAGUCCUAGAGCCAGGGUGCCACUGUUUGCCUUGGUUCCUAGGAAGCCAGUUGGCUGGCCAUCUCUCGCUUCGCCUGCAGCAAUUAGACGUGCGAUGUGAAACCAAGACUAAGGAUAACGUAUUUGUGAACGUAGUGGCUUCAAUUCAAUACCGAGCGCUUGCAGAUAAGGCGAGUGAUGCGUUUUAUAAACUGAGCAACACAAGAAGUCAGAUUCAGGCUUAUGUCUUUGACGUCAUAAGGGCCAGCGUUCCAAAGCUCAAUCUUGACGAUGCUUUUGAGCAGAAAAAUGAAAUUGCCAAGGCUGUUGAGGAUGAACUUGAAAAGGCCAUGUCUGCGUAUGGGUAUGAAAUUGUUCAGACGCUAAUUGUUGACAUAGAGCCAGACGAGCACGUUAAGAGAGCUAUGAAUGAGAUCAACGCAGCUGCCAGGCUGAGGGUGGCUGCUAACGAGAAAGCAGAAGCCGAAAAGAUUCUGCAAAUCAAAAGAGCUGAAGGUGAAGCAGAGGCGAAAUACCUCUCAGGUUUGGGUAUUGCUCGCCAACGUCAGGCAAUUGUGGACGGACUAAGAGACAGCGUGCUUGGCUUCUCAGUUAACGUCCCUGGCACCACUGCAAAAGAUGUUAUGGAUAUGGUCCUUGUUACCCAAUACUUCGACACAAUGAAAGAAAUCGGCGCUACCUCCAAAUCGUCGGCUGUGUUCAUUCCUCAUGGCCCGGGUGCCGUUCGUGAUGUGGCAACUCAGAUUCGUGAUGGACUUCUCCAGGCUUCCCAGCCUAACCUGUCUUAACUUCUCCACUCCUGCUCGGGACUUGAGGUUUUAUAUAAGCUUUGUCGACGUUGCAUCCUGUCUUUCGAGUGUUUAAAUAUUUCUUUCUUUACAUUGUGGAUAUACCGUUGCCCUAUACGUUAGUUGUCUAGUUAACUUCUGUUUGCUGAAAUUGUACAUGUGCUCUGAGAAGUGUUUGGGCAGUAAAAUCGUUACGUUUUCAUA